AUGGACGCGCAUAACGUCAAAGCCGCCGUUACUGCACUCAUACACGACCAACCGUAUGCCUCUGCUGUGCUAUUGGCCCUCGGAUCUGCUUGUGUUUUGAGAGUUGUGUAUCAGACAUUGUCUGUUCUUCUCCAGACAUUUAUUCUCCCUGGAGCUAGUUUGAAGCGUUAUGGCGCAAAGAAAGGAGCAUGGGCAGUAGUGACAGGCGCUACUGACGGAAUUGGCAAAGAAUUUGCUCUUCAGCUGGGCAAGGCAGGGUUCAAUGUUCUUUUGGUUGCUCGCAACAAAGAACUUCUCUCAAACACAGCUGCUGAGAUCGAGUCCAAAUACAAAGUGGCUGCUGCGACCUACUCUAUCGACUUUUCCAAGAACGAUGAAGUUGCUUUCAACGGCUUUGCGUCUGCAUGCGAAGGCCGCGAUAUCGGUGUUCUAGUUAACAACGUCGGGAAGUCGCAUGCCAUGCCAGCAUAUUACGUUGAUACUCCCAAAGAUGAAAUUGAAGACAUAGUUUCUAUCAAUAUCACUGCCACUUUACGCGUGACAUAUGCAGUACUUCCAGGCAUGGUUCAACGUAAACGUGGCCUGAUCCUCAAUAUUGGAUCUUUUGCUGGUUUUGUCCCUUCUCCUAUGCUUGCUACAUAUUCAGGAUCUAAGGCUUUCUUGGCCACAUUCACAAGCGCUUUGGCAGAAGAAGUGAAGAAGGACAACAUCACCGUUGAGCAUGUCAAUACUUACUUUGUCGUGUCUAAACUUUCCAAAAUACGCCACUCCUCAAUGCUUAUUCCCAAGCCUGGGCCCUAUGUUCGUUCUGUACUCAGCAAAAUUGGCCUUGCAUGCGGUGCAGAUUAUAGUGGACGACCCAACACUUCGACACCUUUCUGGUCGCACUCUCUGCUUGAAUACCUCAUUUCCUUCAUUGGUAUCCCCAGCCUUUUUAUUUCCUAUACUCACGGACUCCACAAGUCGAUCCGCAAGCGGGCACUGAAAAAGGCAGAGCGUGAAGCCAAAGUACAGUGA